UAGGUGAACUUCUCUGUACUAUUUAUUGAGGAAGAAAGCAGCCCAUGACAGAAGACGGGUGCGUUAGCAAAGCAACCACAGUCAGAGUAGUCGGUGGCAUGUUGUUGCCGGAUGACGUUUUUGCAAGACAGGAAACGAGAGAAGCAGUGAGAUAGAACUGGAGAAGACAAGGACUACUACGUCAACCUUUUGCAGCCACAGCAGUCUCUAAGGUUUCAGUAAAUCUGAAGGGAGGUCAGCCAGGACUCAUUUGAAGGUAUUUGAGCUCAAGUUGAUGCAUUUUUGGCAGAAGAGGCAAAACUGCAGUGUCAAAUAACUGAAAGAUCUUAAUAUGGGCACCGAGGAAAAAAAUUUAGAGCCUGCAGCUCAACAACCAGCAAUGGAGCAGGAAUCACCAGAUAAGGAAAAGGUAUCUCCUCUGGAGCCUCUUCAUAGACAAGAAUCUGACACAGCAGACCCCCUCAACACCUACAAGUGGCAAACAGGCUCCAAAGGAGCUCUCAAUGAAGUGAGAGAAGAAGCUGAAGGAGCAACAGCUUCUGCGACAUCCACAAUUGAAAGGAUUCAGAAGGCAUCUACAAACAAAUGGAACAAGGUGCAAAACUGGCGAAAGGCCCUGAGCGAGGACCCUGGAGACAAACAUUCAGCCAGUGGGAAAAAUGGAGAGGGAGCCAAGGCAGAAAGAGGCGCAGGGGGAGCCAGAAAGAACCCCUUCAGGAGAGCUCUGUCCGAACCUCCUGGGUCACUGUUUUCAGCCCUGUCCCCUGCCUCCAGCUCUUCUGUUUCAGCUCAUGCAUCUUCAUCUUCAGCCGCUGCAGAGGCCUCAGGGGUCUCCUCCACCGACCCCACACAGAAGGGGAGCGGAGGAGCGCUCCUCAAAAAGUACCUGAGGUCUGUGUCCCAGAAGCUCAAGAGGCCCAGGCUGCAGAGUCGGAGCAGCACGCCCAACUUACUGCCAGCAGAUGUGGGUGAAUCAGCACCAGUGGUACCCACCGGCUGUGCCCUCCCAAGACUAAAAUGGGCCCCGCCUCAGGAGGUCCCCUUAUGGGACAUUACCAACUGCAACCUGGAGGAUGGACAAAUCAUCAUUUCCCCAGAGGAAGAGCCAACAUUCUGGACACGAAACCGCAUGAGCAGCUGCCUGUCUAACCUCAGCAUGCAGAACCUUGUAGAUAUUGAUGCAGAAUGUAGCCCUGACCACAUGGGCCUGCAGAGUGGCCCACGACCAAAGAACCAGGAUGGUGGCGUGAGGGCACUGAUCAAGCGUCGCCUCGAGAACAGGGCCAAGAAGAAUAACAACACUCCUCUGAACCAGAUAGUCCUUAACAAAGGAAGCAGGCAUUAUGGUUCCCGGGAGUCGGUUUCAAUCCCAGUCAGUGCAAUGGGGAGUCUGGAUCUGAGUGCUGACACCAGCACUGUCAUUAGGCCGGUUCACAGCUCCAUCCUGGGGGAGAAGUACUGCUUUGAGGUGAUAAACUCUGAGAACACCCACUGCUUUGGAUGCACAUCUGCUGCUGAGCGGGACCGUUGGAUUGAAGACUUGAGGCGAGCUGCCCAGCCCAAUAAGGAUAACAUCAAGCGCACAGAGAACUCCCUGAGUCUGUGGGUAAAUGAAGCAAAGGAUCUGACCGCCAAACGGCGUUAUUACUGUGAGGUACACCUGGACGGGACCCUGUUUGCCAGAACUAGCAGCAGAGCUGUGGGCAAGCCAUCUAACCAUUCUGGCCUGACAGGGGACAGCUCCACCAGCUCUUCAGGAGCCCUGGGAUCCAGUGGAGGUGUGGCUGGAGGGUGUCAAUUAUUUUGGGGAGAGUUAUUUGAGCUAGACAACCUGCCCUGCAUCUCCCAGAUCAACUUGCACCUCUUUCGUGAAGAAGACCCCAAGAAAAAGCGCCAUUCCCGGGACGAGUCCAGCCUUCACCCACUGGGUAGCGUGGCCAUUCCUUUGGCUGAGAUUCGAGGGAGGACCUACCAGGAGAAAUGGUAUCCCAUCACUCCGUACAAACCCUCAGGUGCAGCAGGAAGCAAAGAACUUCUCGGUCCUCAAGCUUCACUCCGCAUCAAGGCCCGUUUUCAAAAUUUGCAAGUUCUGCCCAUGGAGAAAUACAAAGAGUUUGCAGAGUAUGUGACAGUGGAUUAUGUGGAAAUGUGCAGAGGCCUGGAGCCACUUCUGAAUGUGAAGGAGAAAGAAGAGCUGGCAGGAGCCCUGGUCCAUGUACUGCAGAGUAUUGGCAAAGCAAAGGAGUUUCUCAUUGAUUUGGGAAGUGCAGAGGUGGAGCGUCUUGGAGAGAGGGAGGCACUGAUCUUCAGAGAAAACACACUUGCUACAAAAGCCAUUGAUGAUUACAUGAAGCUAGUUGGCCAGAAGUACCUCAUUGACACACUUGGAGACUUUAUCAACCGUCUUUACUCAUCAGGGGAGAAUUGUGAAGUUGACCCUCGUAAAUGUCCUGCUUCUGAACUGGCAAACAACCAGAAGCACUUGAAGGAUACCUGUGAGGAGGUGGUGCAAAAGAUUAUUGGGAUCCAUGGACCCUUUCCUGAAGAGCUAAACAAGAUCUUCUCCAGUUGGGUGGAGCUGUGUGAAGACCAGGGCCGGCCAGAGAUUGGUCAGCGUCUCAUCUCUGCCUCCCUCUUCCUUCGCUUCCUGUGCUCUGCCAUCCUAAGUCCAUCCCUUUUCGGGCUUACACAGCCUUAUCCAGAGCCAAACACCCUGCGCACACUCACAUUAACUGCCAAAGUUAUCCAGAAUCUGGCCAACUUCACACUGUUUGGAGAGAAAGAGGAGUACAUGCUCUUUAUGAAUGAAUUCCUGCAGCAGCACUGGGAUGGAAUGAGGGGCUUCCUACAAACAGUUUCCAACUCAGAUGCUGAAAUCCAAAUGACUUCCUUUGAUGGUUACGUGGACUUGCCUCUACGCUUGGCUGUGCUGCACGGUCUGCUGGUGGACAUCAUCUAUCAGAAGCACCAGGACACAAUUGACAACCUGCACCCUCUGCCUUCAAUUCUGAACCAGAUAUCAGAGUCACUAGGCCCUGAAGUCCCUCGGAUAACAGUUAGCAGCAAGCCAGAGUACAUCCCUCCUAAAUACUUGGACAAGUACAGCCCUCACAAAUCCUCCUUCCAGCAGCUUCCUGUGGACUCCAAAAGCCAAGAAAGAGAAGUCAGGACUCAGAGGAGUAUGAGGGGGGGGAAGCCAGUAAAAAGGACUCGGAGUGCUCCACACAGACCUCCUGGUUACACAAAACACACCCUAAAGAGGCAGACAAGUUCUGAAGAUAUCCAGACGUUGAACCAUGAACAAGAGAUGGAGCCCAAGCAGCCACGUAUCACAUUGCCAAAUACCAGAGCAAGUAUCAGACGUGCACAUGAACAUGUUCCCUGGAUCAAAGACAACAAAAGGGAGUCAAGGGAGAUGAAGACAGAGAGUGAGCAUUUCAACUCACUGGUUAGGAACCAGCAUGCUCAAGAGCUGGCAGAGCUGCGUCUGGGGAUCGAGCAGGUCACAGAGCGUGAGCUGGACAUGGCAAAGCGAUUGGAGGACUUCAUAAUCCUAAACCAGGACCAGAAUGCACUGCUGCAGGCGGAGGUGAAUGAACUCCGUAAUGUGCUGGCCAUGCGCGAUGAGCAGCUCGCUAGUGCCACCUUCAGGCUGGGUGUGAUUGAGGAAGAGAGGGAGGAAGAUGAGAGGAAACUGGGGGUUGCCAUUGCAGCUGCUGAUCGUAUGAACAUACUGGAGGAGCAGUUUGCAGGCCUGCUGAGAGACCUCCACCAGCUCAGUGAGGAGAGCAACCUGAAAAACCACAUAUCAACAACUACUGAACCCUGAAUGUAUGAACAUUUAGAGCUGCAGUAUCACAGUGUGAUUGUAAAUACAUGCACUGUAGAGUUCUUAAGAAAACAACUCACUGUUUUUAGAUUCCUAGUGAAGUAUAAAUCUGUUUUGUGAGCGUAGUCAGAAUAAAUGUGGAAGAUCAGACUCUGAGAAUGAAUAUGAAAUGAUAAGAUGUGUAUGCAUGUUAGCCUCUGCUCUGUCUCAUUUACACAUCUGUUUUACUUGUUAACAUUCUUUAAACGAAAUAAUAAACCACAAUCAAAAUGUGUGCA